GAAUUAUCGACACGACAAGUGGUGAAUUGUAAUUGUCCGUACGCCUGUGGUGAAGUGCUGCUUUCAUUCAUUUAGACAUUACAACUGUAUGCCUUUCACUAGGCAUUACAAAUUUGUUUCUCCAGCUUUCUUCUACAAAUAAAUAUUUUCACUUAUUUCAAAUACGAUUUCAAAAAAGCUAUAAUUAAAAAAAAAGCUGAGAUUCCACACUACUAAAGGAAGAAUUCCACGUGCCAUAUUUGAUGGUGAACAAUAGCGUAACCUGCUAACACCAUUAUGGCAGAAGCCGAAGGAGGCUCCGAGCAGGAUGAUGUUUCAUUCUUGCGGACGGAAGAUAUGGUAUGUCUUUCGUGUACUGCGACCGGAGAACGUGUUUGUUUAGCAGCUGAAGGAUUCGGCAAUCGCCAUUGUUUUUUGGAGAAUAUUGCCGACAAAAAUGUUCCUCCGGAUCUAUCCCAAUGCGUUUUCGUUAUCGAGCAGGCGUUAUCAGUUCGAGCCUUGCAAGAAUUAGUGACGGCCGCAGGAUCAGAAACAGGCAAAGGUACUGGAUCAGGUCAUAGAACAUUACUAUAUGGUAAUGCCAUUCUUUUGCGACAUCACAACAGUGAUAUGUACCUAGCAUGCUUAUCUACGUCUUCAUCAAAUGACAAACUGUCUUUCGAUGUGGGUUUGCAAGAGCAUAGCCAAGGUGAGGCAUGCUGGUGGACUGUACACCCUGCAAGCAAACAAAGAUCUGAGGGUGAGAAAGUUCGAGUAGGUGAUGACCUAAUUUUGGUCUCAGUAGCUACAGAACGUUACUUGCAUACCACUAAGGAAAACGAACAGUCGAUUGUGAACGCAAGUUUUCAUGUUACCCACUGGUCGGUGCAACCAUAUGGUACUGGUAUAUCCCGAGUAAAAUAUGUCGGUUAUGUAUUUGGUGGAGAUGUGCUGCGGUUUUUUCACGGCGGUGAUGAAUGCUUAACCAUACCAAGCACUUGGGGCCGCGAAGCAGGACAAAAUAUCGUUGUAUAUGAAGGCGGUUCUGUAAUGUCGCAAGCUCGCUCACUAUGGAGACUUGAGUUAGCUCGCACUAAAUGGACGGGUGGCUUUAUUAAUUGGUAUCAUCCCAUGCGCAUACGUCACAUUACUACUGGCCGAUAUUUGGGUGUCAACGAGAACAACGAAUUAUAUUUGGUUAAAAAAGAAGAAGCAUCUAUUGCAUCAACGACUUUCUGCUUGAGGCAGGAAAAGGACGACGAGAAAAAGGUACUUGAGGACAAAGAUCUGGAAGUAAUUGGUGUACCAAUCAUCAAGUAUGGUGACACCACAGUUAUUGUUCAACACUGCGAAUCUAGCUUAUGGCUCAGCUACAAAAGUUAUGAGACUAAAAAGAAGGGUGUCGGUAAAGUGGAGGAAAAGCAAGCUAUCCUUCACGAGGAAGGCAAAAUGGACGACUGUCUCGACUUUUCCCGUUCCCAGGAAGAAGAAUCAAAAACCGCUCGAGUUAUUCGGAAGUGUAGCAGCCUUUUUACACAAUUCAUAAACGCUUUGGAGACACUUCAAUCGAAUCGACGUCAUUCAAUUUUCUUUCAAAAAGUUAACUUAAACGAAAUGGUUAUGUGCCUUGAAGAUUUGAUCAACUACUUCUCUCAGCCGGAGGACGAUAUGGAGCACGAAGAAAAACAAAAUCGUUUCCGAGCACUUAGAAAUCGCCAAGACCUAUUUCAAGAAGAAGGAGUUCUGAAUUUAAUAUUGGAAGCAAUUGACAAAAUCAAUGUCAUUACUUCACAAGGAUUUUUAGCCAGCUUUUUGGCCGGCGAUGAGACUGGUCAAAGCUGGGACUUAAUAUCGACAUAUUUAUAUCAACUUUUGGCCGCCAUUAUUAAGGGAAAUCAUACUAACUGUGCACAAUUCGCCAACAGUAACCGCUUAAAUUGGUUAUUUUCGCGAUUAGGGUCCCAAGCCUCCAGUGAGGGCUCAGGCAUGUUAGAUGUAUUGCACUGUGUUCUUAUUGAUUCACCAGAAGCUUUGAAUAUGAUGCGGGAUGAACACAUAAAGGUUAUUAUAUCUCUUUUGGAGAAACAUGGCCGAGACCCGAAGGUUCUUGAUGUACUAUGUUCACUAUGUGUCGGUAAUGGAGUGGCGGUAAGAUCGUCGCAAAAUAAUAUUUGCGAUUUCCUGUUGCCGGGAAAAAAUCUAUUAUUACAAACUCAAUUAGUGGAUCAUGUGGCCAGCAUACGGCCCAAUAUUUUUGUUGGUCGUGUAGAUGGGUCAGCCAUGUAUCAAAAGUGGUAUUUCGAGGUAACGAUGGAUCAUAUUGAACAAACAACACACAUGAUGCCGCAUUUGAGAAUAGGUUGGGCGAAUACCUCUGGGUAUGUUCCUUAUCCAGGAGGUGGUAAAAAAUGGGGAGGAAACGGUGUGGGUGAUGAUCUUUAUUCUUUCGGCUUUGAUGGUGCGCAUUUAUGGACGGGUGGACGUCGAACUUUAGUUGUUAACCACUUGCCAGAGGAACCAUUCAUAAGGAAAGGAGAUGUUAUCGGUGUAACAAUCGAUCUAUCAGUUCCUAUAAUUAUAUUUACCUUUAAUGGCAAUAAGGUACGAGGCUGUUUCCGUGAUUUUAAUUUAGAUGGCAUGUUUUUCCCUGUGAUGAGCUGCUCUUCAAAACUGAGUUGUCGUUUUCUUUUUGGUGGAGAUCAUGGCCGCCUAAAAUUUGCUCCACCUGUGGGCUUCUCUCCACUAGUCCAAUGCUUGAUGCCUCACCAAAAUCUAAGCUUGGAUCCCUGCUUUUACUUUGGAAACUUGAAUAAGAAUGUAUUAGCUGGACCCUGGCUAAUUGAAGACGAUACCGCGUUUGUUCCUAAUCCUGUCGAUACAUCGGGCGUUUCACUCCCUUCAUCAGUGGAUCAAAUAAAAGAAAAGUUGGCAGAAAAUAUUCACGAAAUGUGGGCAUUGAACAAAAUAGAGGCAGGCUGGUCCUGGGGAGAGCAUAGAGACGACUAUCAACGAAUUCAUCCAUGUUUAACACAUUUCGAAAAGCUUCCUUUGCCUGAACGUCGCUAUGACAGUCAAUUGGCGGUGCAAACCUUAAAAACAAUAAUAUCUCUUGGAUAUUAUAUUACGAUGGAUAAGCCACCAGCACGAAUACGCCCUAUUCGGUUGCCGAAUGAGAUAUUUAUGCAAGCCAACGGCUACAAACCGGCGCCUUUAGAUCUCAGUGCAGUUACUUUAUCUCCAAAGCUUGAAGAAUUAGUUGACCAAUUGGCCGAAAACACACAUAAUUUGUGGGCUCGGGAGAGAAUUCAGCAAGGUUGGACAUAUGGAUUAAAUGAAGAUUCAGAAAACCAUCGCAGCCCUCAUUUGGUGCCCUACUCAAAGGUUGAUGAAGCAAUUAAAAAGGCAAAUCGAGAUACCGCUUCGGAAACUGUACGUACACUUUUGGUGUAUGGAUAUGUGUUGGAUCCGCCAACAGGUGAAGGUACUGAAGGCUUACUAGCAGAAGCACAGCGACUGAAAUUCGCUGCGUUCCGCACCUAUCGUGUGGAGCGAAAUUACGCCGUUACAUCUGGUAAAUGGUACUUUGAAUUUGAGGUGCUCACUGCUGGGCCGAUGCGUGUAGGAUGGGCGAGGGCUGAUUGUCAUCCUGGAACUAUGUUGGGUAGUGACGACUCCAGCUGGGCUUUUGAUGGACAUAAUGAGGAAAAAAUUUCUGGUGGCACCUGUGAAUCUUUUGGUAAACAAUGUGGACCUGGUGAUAUUGUCGGCGUAUUCUUAGAUCUCGCUGAUCAUACAAUCAGUUUUUCGCUGAAUGGAGAGCUUCUUAUGGAUGCUUUGGGUGGCGAAACAACUUUUGCAGACGUUACUGCAGAAGGAGUAGGGUUCGUACCAGCUUGUACGAUAGGUGUGGGUCAAAAAGCACGAGUGAUUUAUGGACAGGAUGUGGACUCGCUAAAGUUUUUCACCACUUGUGGUCUUCAAGAAGGUUAUGAACCGUUUUGUGUCAAUAUGCGACGUCCAGUGACCCACUGGUACACAAAGGACCAACCGAUAUUUGAAAAUACUGAAGAGAUGCCAGACUGUCGUAUAGAUGUUACGCGUAUACCCGGAGGUGCAGACACUCCACCCCAUUUGAAAAUUUCUCAUAAUACUUUUGAGACUAUGGAGAAAGCUAAUUGGGAGUUUCUACGGCUUUCGCUGCCUGUUACUUGUAUGAGCCAGUUUAUAAAUGAAGCAGAAAAGGCUCAUCGCUGGGAAGAAAUCAAAAUACGUCAAUAUCGAUUGCAACGUGAAGCGCAAGAUUUAGCUCUACAGCAACAACAAGCAGCCGCAAAUGUUGAUCAUAUGUUGAAAGGUGGAUUUACAAUGAGUGAUAUUAAAGGUCUUCAUCAGAACUUUGAGGAUAAUCCUGAAGCAGAUGAGCAAUUGGCUCGUAGUCCUGCAAGACCGCCAAGAAGAAAUUCAUUGACACGCAAUAUAACAUUUGAGUCAGACGUAGCAAGUGAUGGGCGGGGUAAUUUUGAUAUGGUAAAUGGAAUCAAUGGAGUUAACGGAAUAAAUGGAACUGAUGAAGGAAUUGAUGAUAAGAAAAAACGUGGCCGUAGUCCAUUUAAAUUUUUUUCGAAAAAAUCUCGCGACCAAAGUAGAGAUAAGACUGGACGGGCCCAGGAAACUUCGCUCGAACGUAGAAACACAGUUGCGCACGGUCGGAAUGUUGUAAAUGCGCAAAUGACUACAAAGGCACCAGCUCUACGGCUGAAUAAUGCCGACAUCCCACCUUCUCCGAUUCCACAAGGCCCUAAACAACUCAGUGCAACUACCUUAGGCCAGCCGCCAGUAGAAGCUUCUGGUAACGAGUUAUUUGAUGCUGAAUGCUUGAAGCUAAUAAAUGAGUAUUUCUACGGUGUAAGGAUAUUUCCUGGACAAGAUCCGACACAUGUAUAUGUUGGUUGGGUUACAACGCAAUAUCAUCUUCACAGUAAGGAAUUCAAUAAAUCAAAAGUACGUUGCGGUUCAGUUAUUAUAGAAGACGAAUAUGAAGUUAUUAUGGACCGCAUUGAUCGUCAAAGUUGUUACGUUGUAAGAGCUGAUGAGCUAUUUAAUGAGGUCACUCAAGAUGCUUCUGGAAAAGGUGCCUCUCAGGGAAUGUUUAUUGGAUGCUUCGUGGACACUUCGACUGGUAUCAUUCGUUUUACAUGUGAAGGAAAAGAGACAACUCACCGUUGGAUGAUGGAACCUGAUACGAAGCUUUUUCCAGCGAUUUUUGUGGAAGCAACAAGUAAGGAGAUUUUACAAAUUGAAUUGGGCCGCACGUCUACAACUCUACCACUUUCUGCUGCCGUUUUACCAACAAGUGAUAAACAUAUUAAUCCUCAAUCCCCACCCCGACUAAAAGUGCAAUGCCUCCGACCACAUCAAUGGGCACGUGUACCAAAUACAGCACUGCAAGUACAUGCACUCAAAUUGUCCGACAUUAGAGGUUGGUCAAUGCUGUGUGAGGACCCGGUAUCAAUGCUCGCUCUUCACAUCCCUGAAGAAGAUCGAUGCAUUGACAUUUUAGAGUUGAUUGAAAUGGAUAAAUUGUUAUCAUUUCAUGCGCAUACUCUAACACUAUAUGCUGCACUCUGUUACCAAUCCAACUAUCGCGCUGCGCAUGCUCUUUGCCAACAUGUUGAUCAGAAACAGCUUCUAUACGCCAUCAGAUCAGAAUACAUGAGCGGACCUUUGCGUCAAGGAUUUUACGAUUUAUUAAUAGCUCUCCAUUUGGAGUCCCAUGCUACCACCAUGGAAGUAUGUAAGAACGAGUACAUAAUUCCACUUGGAACAGAGCUCAAAGAGCUCUAUAAUGAUGAUGAAAUGUGUCACUCGUUGCGUUCCCUCAUAACAGAGUCAGUGCGCCCACAAAUGCGCAUGACAGAAAUAACACCUCUUGUAUAUAGCCAUACAUCUAGUUUACCAAGUGUUUCCAGCGAACCUAUACCCAACAUUGAUCAGCUUUACUCUCCGAAAUUUCCCUUGGAAGUAGUAAGGGAAUUCGUUAUGGAGGCUUUAAAGGAAGCCGUAGAAGUAAAUCAGGUGCAUAAUCGAGAUCCCAUUGGAUGGACUAAUGAAAACCUCUUUCUACCUCUUAUUAAACUAACUGAUCGACUGCUAUUAGUUGGUGUACUCACGGAUGAUGAUGUACAGAAGUUACUUAUAAUGAUCGAUCCUGAAACAUGGGACAGCAUAUUUGAGAAAGAUGGCAAAGAUGAACAUCGAAAAGGAUUAUUGACAAUGAAAAUGGCAGAAGGAGCCAAACUCCAAAUGUGUUACCUGCUUCAUCAUCUCUAUGAUAUACAAUUGCGGCAUCGAGUUGAAAGUAUCAUAUCAUUUUCUCAUGAUUUUGUUGGUGAUUUACAGGGUGAUCAACUUCGUCGUUAUAUUGAAAUCAAACAGUCGGAUUUACCCAGUGCUGUUGCUGCUAAAAAGACUAAAGAGUUUCGUUGCCCACCUAGAGAGCAGAUGAAUCAGAUAUUAUGCUUCAAAAAUCUCGAGGCGGAUGAUCAAGAAAAUUGUACUUGUGGUUUAGAUUUGAGAAGUCGAUUGUACGAUUUUCAUGAUAGCCUUAUGAAAAAAGUGUCUCUUAAUGCGCUUCAGGAGCCCGAUGAAAUCGAUACUAAUGCGAUUGAAGAAGUAAAAACGGGUCCAAUUACAAAAAUUUAUAAUUUUAUAAAUACGGUAAAAGAACUUGAAGAAGGUCCAAAAGAAGUUGAGGAGCCAGAAAAGAAAACGCCUGAGGAAGUUUUUCGUAAAGUAUUAAUAAAAACUAUUGUCAGCUGGGCUGAAGAAUCGCAAAUAGAAAAUCCGAGAUUAGUACGUGAAAUGUUUAGUUUGUUAGUUCGUCAAUAUGAUACUGUAGGAGAACUGGUACGAGCUCUAGGUAAAACCUAUGUCAUAAAUAACAGAGCAAGAGACGAUGUAGCUGAAAUGUGGGUAGGCUUAAGUCAAAUUCGUGCCUUACUUCCAGUUCAAAUGAGUCAAGAAGAAGAAGAACUUAUGAGAAAACGACUUUGGAAAUUGGUAAAUAAUGCGACAUUUUUCCAACAUCCAGAUCUCAUACGAAUAUUAAGAAUUCAUGAGAAUGUGAUGGCUGUUAUGAUGAAUACAUUAGGACGUCGUGCUCAAGCUCAAAGUGAUGCUCCCCCACAAACUGAAGGUGGCGAAGGGGCUCCGCCUAAGGAAAAAGACACCUCCCAUGAAAUGGUUGUUGGCUGCUGCCGGUUCCUUUGUUAUUUCUGCCGCACAGGCCGUCAGAAUCAAAAGGCCAUGUUUGAUCAUUUCGACUUUUUAUUAGACAAUGCUAACAUACUGUUGGCACGCCCCAGCUUAAGGGGUUCUACUCCAUUGGAUGUGGCAUAUUCGAGUUUAAUGGAAAAUACCGAACUUGCAUUGGCCCUUAGGGAACAUUAUUUAGAAAAAAUUGCUGUUUAUCUUUCACGAUGUGGACUACAAAGUAAUUCUGAGCUUGUGGAAAAGGGCUAUCCAGACCUUGGAUGGGAUCCAGUGGAAGGUGAACGUUAUUUGGAUUUUUUGCGUUAUUGUGUAUGGGUUAACGGCGAAAGCGUAGAGGAGAAUGCAAACCUUGUCAUUCGUCUUCUUAUUCGCCGUCCAGAAUGUUUAGGACCGGCUCUAAGAGGAGAAGGGGAAGGUCUUUUCCGCGCAAUAGUGGAAGCUAACCGCAUGUCCGAACGUAUUUCUGAUCGAUGCAAUAUGCAAGAUGAGGCAGAAGGCACAAUUGCUGGCUUAAAUUUCACACAUCCACUACCAGAAGGAGAUGAGGACGAAGACUACAUUGAUACUGGUGCAGCAAUUCUUAAUUUUUAUUGUACACUUGUAGAUCUUCUUGGACGAUGCGCGCCAGAUGCCUCUGUUAUUGAGCAGGGUAAAAACGAAUCGCUUCGGGCUAGAGCUAUUCUGAGAUCCUUGGUACCACUGGAGGAUCUUCAAGGAGUUCUCAGUUUAAAGUUUACAUUGACACAAACUGCACCAGGGGAAGAAAAGCCGAAAUCAGAUAUGCCUUCCGGAUUGCUACCAAAUAAUAAACAAAGCAUUGUGCUAUUUUUGGAACGAGUAUAUGGCAUUGAAACCCAAGAACUAUUUUACCGUUUACUUGAAGACGCAUUUCUACCUGAUUUACGAACCGCCACGAUACUUGAUAAGAGUGAUGGUUCAGAAAGCGAUAUGGCUCUUUCCAUGAAUCGCUAUAUCGGUAAUUCUAUAUUACCGCUGCUUAUAAAACAUUCGAAGUUUUACAAUGAAGCCGAGAACUAUGCAAGCCUUUUGGAUGCGACGCUGCACACGGUUUAUAGAUUAUCUAAGAACCGUAUGCUAACAAAGGGCCAAAGAGAAGCGGUAUCGGAUUUCUUAGUGGCACUUACGUCCCAGAUGCAACCUGCCAUGUUAUUGAAACUAUUGCGCAAGUUGACGGUGGAUGUAUCCAAGUUAUCUGAAUAUACAACCGUGGCUUUACGACUACUCACUCUUCACUUCGAUCGAUGUGCAAAGUAUUACGGUUCAUCUCAAGGUCAAGGUUCUUAUGGCGCGUCGUCUGAUGAAGAAAAACGUCUCACAAUGCUUUUAUUCUCUAACAUAUUCGAUUCGCUCAGUAAUAUGGAUUAUGAUCCGGAGUUAUUUGGCAAAGCAUUGCCUUGUUUGAUUGCUAUAGGCUGUGCAUUGCCGCCUGAUUAUAGCUUAUCUAAAAAUACUGAUGAGGACUACUAUGGUCGACAAUCAGGAGCUCCAGAUCAGCCACAAUAUGAUCCACAGCCGAUUGAUACCGAGCAAAUACAAUUGAACAACGAUCUGGAGGCUCUCGUCCAGAAAUUCAGUGAGCACUAUCACGAUGCAUGGGCCAGUCGUCGUUUAGAAAGUGGUUGGUCUUAUGGUGAAAUACGUUCGGAUAACGACCGAAAGCAUCCUCGUCUAAAGCCAUAUAAUAUGUUAAGUGAUUACGAACGUGAACGGUAUCGAGAUCCCGUCAGGGAAUGCCUGAAGGCACUUGUCGCUAUUGGAUGGCGAAUUGAACAGUCAGAUAUCGAUGCUCCACUCAAUCAUCGUGGAUCAACACGACGUCAAUCCAAACCACAAAUCAAUGAUUUUCAGAAUGAAAGCAGUCCCUUCAACUACAACCCACAUCCGGUAGAUAUGACAAAUCUAACGCUAAGCAGAGAAAUGCAAAAUAUGGCAGAACGUUUGGCUGAAAAUUCUCACGAUAUUUGGGCCAAGAAGAAAAAAGAGGAGCUUAACUCUUGCGGUGGUGUCAUACAUCCGCAACUAGUCCCAUAUGACUUAUUAACAGAUAAAGAAAAACGCAAAGAUCGGGAACGUUCACAAGAAUUCUUAAAGUAUAUGCAGUAUCAAGGCUACAAAUUGCAUAAGCCGUCUAAGGGUGGAGCCACAGAAGGUGAAGGAGGUGCCACACAAGCAGCAGUUGAGCUUCGUUUCUCAUAUUCUCUGCUCGAAAAAUUAAUUCAGUAUCUUGAUCGAGCCACAAUUAACAUGAAAUUGCUGAAGCCAUCUACGACAUUUAGCAGACGUUCAUCAUUCAAAACAGCAUCUCGAGAUAUUAAAUUCUUCUCGAAAGUUGUUCUUCCACUAAUGGAAAAAUACUUUUCAACGCAUCGUAAUUACUUUGUUGCAAUGGCCACAGCAACAAAUAUAACAGGGGCAGCUUCAUUAAAAGAAAAGGAAAUGGUGGCAUCCAUAUUUUGUAAAUUAGCGUCGCUUCUUCGGAAUCGCCUCAGUGCUUUUGGUCCCGAUGUACGAAUUACAGUAAGAUGCCUUCAGGUAUUAGUGAAGGGUAUUGAUGCUAAAACUCUGGUGAAAAAUUGUCCCGAAUUUAUAAGAACAUCAAUGUUGACGUUUUUCAACCAAACUGCCGACGAUCUGGGGAACACCAUUCUCAACUUACAAGAGGGAAAAUACAGCCAUCUUCGAGGCACACAUUUAAAGACCUCUACUUCACUAGGUUAUGUAAAUCAAGUAGUGCUACCGGCACUAACAGCUAUGUUCGACCACUUAGCUGCUUGCGACUAUGGUAGUGAUCUCCUAUUAGACGAGAUACAAGUAGCCUCCUACAAAAUAUUAGCAGCUUUAUAUCAUCUCGGCACAGAUGGCACACUUACGCACGACCGGAAAUAUCUGAAAACAGAAAUAGAACGGCAUCGACCUGCGCUUGGCUCGUGCUUAGGAGCAUUCAGCUCUUGCUUUCCUGUCGCUUUCUUAGAGCCGCAUCUCAAUAAACACAAUCAAUAUUCACUACUGAACCGAAUAGCUGAUCAUUCAUUAGAGGCUCAAGAUAUAAUGGUUCGAAUGGAGAGUUGCAUGCCAAAUCUGGAAACAAUUCUGGGAGAAGUAGAUCUCUUUGUGGAAUCUGAAAAAACUUACAACGACGCUCCACAUAUAAUAGACGUAAUUUUGCCAUUACUUUGCUCUUACUUACCAUUUUGGUGGGCGCAAGGGCCGGAUAAUGUGAGUCCGACCAGUGGAAAUCAUGUGACCAUGGUUACAGCGGAUCAUAUGAACUCUCUUUUACGCAAUGUGCUAAAAAUGAUAAAAAAGAAUAUUGGUAACGACAAUGCGCCAUGGAUGACCAGGAUUGCCGCAUACACGCAACAAAUAAUUAUUAACACUUCAGAAGAGUUACUGAUAGAUCCGUUCCUGCCCCUCGCAGAGCGUGUUAAGAAACGAACUGAAAACAUGUUUCAUAAAGAGGAAAGCAUGCGUGGUUUCAUUAAAUCAGCUACCGAUGAUACAUCUCAGGUUGAAACUCAACUACAAGAAGAUUGGCAACUACUUGUCCGUGAUAUUUAUUCAUUUUAUCCACUUUUAAUUAAAUAUGUUGACUUACAACGUAACCAUUGGCUUAAGGACAACAUCCCUGAAGCAGAAGAUUUAUACAAUCAUGUUGCCGAGAUAUUUAACAUUUGGUCGAAGAGCCAAUACUUCCUUAAGGAAGAACAAAACUUUAUAUCUACCAACGAAAUCGAUAAUAUGGCACUAAUUAUGCCAACGGCGACAAGGCGAUCAGCUAUUACUGAGGGAGCACCAGUAACCGGGGGUAAGGUGAAGAAGAAGAAGAAAAAUAGGGAUAAAAAGAGGGAUAAAGAUAAGGAAGUACAAGCCAGUCUUAUGGUGGCUUGUCUGAAGCGUUUACUUCCAGUUGGUUUAAAUUUAUUUGCUGGGCGAGAGCAGGAGCUUGUACAACACUGUAAAGAUCGUUAUUUGAAAAAAAUGCAAGAGUACGACGUCAUAGAAUUCGCUAGAAAUCAGUUGACCCUUCCUGAUAAAUUAGAUCCUUCAGAUGAAAUGUCAUGGCAACAUUAUCUAUACUCGAAAUUGGGAAAGAGAGACGAGUUCGCAGAUGAGCAAGCUCUAGAAAAGGCUUCCAAUCAAAAUGAUAAAGGAAAGGAUAAAACCCAGGAGACCGUUGAUCGUAUUGUUGCCAUGGCUAAAGUACUUUUCGGAUUACAUAUGAUUGACCAUCCCCAACAACAAAGCAAGAACGUCUACAGGAGUGUUGUAUCUAUACAAAGGAAGCGUGCCGUUAUCGCAUGUUUCCGCCAGACAUCUCUACAUUCUCUACCCAGACAUCGUGCCUGUAAUAUUUUUGCAAGAUCUUACUAUGAGCAAUGGCUUCAAGAGGAAAAUGUAGGUCAAGAGAUAAUGAUAGAAGAUUUAACACAGACAUUUGAGGAGUCCGAGAAAUCAAAGAAAGACGAGGAGGAAUCUGAAGGUAAGCCAGAUCCUCUAACUCAACUGGUAACAACCUUCUGUCGCGGGGCGAUGACCGAACGGAGCGGUGCAUUACAAGAGGAUUUACUCUAUAUGUCGUACGCUCAAAUUGCUGCAAAAUCCUGUGGAGAAGAGGAAGAAGAAGGGGGCGAUGAAGAAGGUGGUGGAGAAGGUGGCGAAGAAGGUGCUAGCAUACAUGAACAGGAAAUGGAGAAGCAAAAACUUCUGUUUCACCAAGCACGACUCUCAAAUCGUGGAGUUGCCGAAAUGGUUCUUCUUCAUAUAUCAGCCUCAAAGGGUAUACCAUCUGAAAUGGUCAUGACCACACUCAAUUUGGGCAUAGCAAUAUUACGUGGCGGCAAUAUUGAUAUUCAAAUGGGAAUGUUAAAUCAUCUUAAGGAGAAAAAGGACGUAGGCUUCUUUACAUCCAUAGCUGGACUUAUGAAUUCUUGUAGUGUAUUAGAUUUGGAUGCAUUUGAACGCAACACGAAAGCAGAAGAGUACAUUCCAAGUGCGGGCGCAGGUCUCGGCGUGGGUUCGGAAGGCGCUGCAGGCGAGAAAAAUAUGCAUGAUGCUGAGUUCACUUGUGCACUAUUCCGUUUCAUUCAGCUAACCUGCGAGGGUCACAAUCUUGAUUGGCAAAACUAUCUGCGUACUCAGGCGGGCAACACUACCACGGUUAAUGUUGUAAUCUGCACAGUUGAUUAUUUAUUGCGGCUACAAGAAUCUAUAAUGGACUUUUAUUGGCAUUACUCUAGUAAAGAGAUUAUUGAUCCGGCAGGAAAGGCAAAUUUCUUCAAAGCUAUCGGUGUGGCAAGUCAAGUGUUCAAUACACUAACAGAGGUUAUUCAAGGUCCAUGUACAUUGAAUCAACAAGCACUUGCGCAUUCACGUUUGUGGGACGCAGUUGGUGGUUUUCUUUUCCUUUUCUCACAUAUGCAGGACAAAUUAUCUAAGCAUUCAAGUCAAGUGGACUUGCUUAAGGAGCUUCUUAAUUUGCAGAAAGAUAUGAUUACUAUGAUGCUCUCCAUGCUCGAAGGAAAUGUCGUAAAUGGUACAAUUGGAAAACAAAUGGUGGAUACAUUGGUGGAGUCUGCUAGUAACGUGGAAUUGAUUCUUAAAUACUUUGAUAUGUUCCUUAAGCUGAAAGAUUUAAUCGAGUCUCCGAGUUUUGCUGAGAUUGAUAUUAAGAAUGAGGGUUGGGUGACACCCAAGGAUUUCAGAGACAAAAUGGAGCAAUCAAAGAAUUACACACCGGAGGAAAUGGACUUUCUUUUGGCUUGUUGCGAACGUAACCACGAGGGAAAAAUUGAUUAUGGAGAUUUUGUCGAUCGUUUUCAUGAACCGUCAAAAGAGAUCGGUUUUAAUUUGGCUGUAUUAUUAACUAAUCUCAGUGAGCAUAUGCCCAAUGAGCCUCGAUUAGCUAGGUUCUUAGAGACAGCAGGAUCUGUGCUUAAUUAUUUCGAACCUUUCCUCGGUCGCAUUGAAAUUUUAGGUAGCUCGAAACGAAUUGAACGCGUAUACUUCGAAAUCAAAGAUUCAAAUAUUGAACAAUGGGAAAAGCCACAAAUUAAGGAAUCAAAGAGGGCAUUUUUCUAUUCAAUUGUUACUGAGGGUGGUGACAAAGAGAAACUGGAAGCGUUUGUUAAUUUCUGCGAGGAUGCUAUAUUUGAAAUGACGCAUGCUUCAGGCCUAAUGGCAACAGAUGACGGCGGUGGUAAUGUAAAGCGGGACACUGCUUACAGCUCAUAUAUGAGUGAAGAAGAGGAGGAGCGUGCGGCUCGUGAUCCCAUUCGCCGUACAAUGCAAGCAAUUAAAGAUGGCCUUAAAUUUUUUGUACAUAUGCUAAGUCCAUCGAAUAUAAAGCAUCAAAUUGGUGUAAUGCAAACCAAAUCGAUACCGGAACUGAUAAUUGGAUUCUUCAAAAUGAUAUUCUAUAUGUUCUAUUACACUGGCUAUGGCAAUUUCUGCGUAGUUCGCUUCAUUUUUGGAAUAUUGAUGAACUUAAUGCGUGGUCCAGCGCCUGAAGAAGUUGAAGCUCCACCAGCGGAGGAAGAACCGUUUGGCAGGGCUUUGCCGCCGUUACCGAUCGAAGAACCACCUGGCCCUGUUCAGGCGUUUGGACUUGAAAUAAACAAGGAAGAUAAUGGACAAUAUAAAGUAACAGUUCGUGAAUCUCCUGGAGGAAGUGGAAGUUCGUCCUUAGAAGAAACAGGUGAAUCAAGUCCAGAGGAUGGGGGAGCUACUGCUGAUCAACCAAUAGAUGGUGACGCAUAUCAACUCCAAGAACCCAUUUCAAUCGUUGAUCUGUUGGGAGGAGAAGCUGCCAAGAAAGCAGCUCAAGAACGCCAAGAAGCUCAAAAAGCCCAGGAAGCAGCAAUGGCCUCCAUUGAAGCAGAAGCUAAAAAGAAAUCAUCAGCAACUGCUCAAGAAACUCCUGCUGUUAACCAAAUUGACUUUGCACAGUAUGCACAUCGUGCAGUUAGUUUUCUCGCUCGAAAUUUUUACAAUCUGAAAUAUGUCGCAUUGGUUCUUGCCUUUAGCAUUAAUUUUAUGUUACUCUUUUAUAAAGUAACAUCUUUUGGCGAUGAUGAAGAAGCCUCUGGCGAUGAUGAACUUAUCCUUGGAUCAGGAUCGGGCGGCGGUCUAGCAGCGUCGGGAUUCGGCGGCGGUUCUGGAGAUGGAUCUGGAGAUGGAGAAGGCGAUGAAGAAGAUUUGCCAGAAUUAGUGCACGUGGACGAGGACUUCUUUUACAUGGCUCAUGUGAUACGUAUUGCGGCAUUUUUGCACAGCUUAGUCUCCCUUGCCAUGCUAAUUGCAUACUAUCAUUUAAAAGUGCCUUUAGCUAUUUUUAAGAGGGAGAAAGAAAUUGCACGUCGUUUGGAAUUUGAUGGCCUUUUCAUUGCUGAUCAACCGGAAGAUGAUGAUUUUAAGUCACAUUGGGAUAAGUUAGUGAUUUCCGCUAAAUCAUUUCCCGUUAAUUAUUGGGACAAAUUUGUAAAGAAGAAAGUGAGACAAAAGUAUAGUGAAACUUAUGACUUCGACUCUAUUUCAAAUCUUCUGGGUAUGGAGAAAAGCGCUUUCAUGGCUCAAGAGAGCGAAGAAGGUGGUUUGGUUAAAUACAUAAUGAAUAUAGAUUGGCGGUACCAGGUGUGGAAAGCAGGCGUUACGUUCACAGACAACGCUUUCCUUUACUCGCUGUGGUAUUUCUCUUUCUCUGUAAUGGGCAAUUUCAACAACUUUUUCUUUGCUGCUCAUCUUCUCGAUGUCGCUGUUGGCUUCAAAACUCUACGAACCAUUUUACAAUCAGUCACACACAACGGAAAGCAACUUGUUCUUACCGUAAUGCUCCUUACAAUUAUUGUAUACAUAUAUACAGUAAUUGCUUUUAAUUUCUUCCGCAAAUUUUACAUCCAAGAAGAGGAUGAGGAGGUGGAUAAAAAAUGUCAUGACAUGUUAACAUGUUUUGUUUUCCAUUUAUAUAAAGGAGUAAGAGCAGGCGGAGGUAUUGGUGAUGAAAUUGGUGAUCCCGAUGGAGACGAUUACGAAGUUUACCGAAUCAUAUUUGAUAUCACAUUCUUCUUCUUUGUAAUUAUUAUUCUACUCGCUAUUAUUCAAGGUUUAAUUAUUGAUGCUUUUGGCGAACUUCGUGAUCAACUUGAAUCUGUAAAAGAAAAUAUGGAAUCGAAUUGCUUCAUAUGUGGCAUGGGUAAAGAUUUCUUUGAUAUCGUUCCACAUGGUUUUGAUACGCAUGUACAAAAGGAGCAUAAUUUAGCAAAUUACAUGUUCUUCUUAAUGCAUCUCAUCAAUAAACCUGACACAGAGUAUACUGGUCAAGAAACUUAUGUGUGGAAUAUGUAUCAACAGCGCAGCUGGGACUUCUUCCCAGUAGGUGAUUGCUUCCGUAAGCAAUAUGAAGACGAACUUUCCGGAGGGGGUGGUGGAUAAAUCAAACCAUUUGUGUAAUACAAAAUAGACAACGCAUAAAUGAUCAAUCCGAACAGCUAAAAUUUAAAACAAUUAUUUAUAUACACUUACUUGUACAUUUCGUUGAUAAUACAAAAAAUAUGUAUGUAAACAGUUUUCCCUUUUUCUGAAUAUCAAAAUUAUUCUCUAGUAAUCAAAGUAAUUAACUUGAAAAGUUUAUAAUAAAAGAGUAAUUUUCAA